GGAGAAGAGCUUAGCACGCGAUAGGUGGGCUGUGUCGUCGCUCAUGUGGGUCGGCGUGGCCUCGCAGCUGGCAUAUAAAAGCGCGGGCUUGAGCAAGAACACGGGGACACGAAACCAGCAGCUAGCAGCUAAAAGCUAACGGCUAACAGCUAACGGCUAACAGCUAACGGCUAGCCGAGGCUAAAGUCUGCUGUUUUAUUGAAGUCAUGACUCAUCAGCCCGCACACACACACUAACACACGCACGCACGCGCACGGAGAGCUCUGCGCGGGCUCGUUUUCACGCACCGAGCGGGUUUUUCGGUGUUUUGGUAGUUGUUGUUUUUUUAGGUGUGUGUGUGUGUGUGUGUGUGUAUGUGUGUGUGUUAGCUCCAUGCUAACAACUUCCUGCAUGUUAGCUGGAGGCGGCUAGCUGGAGAAGCUAACUGUUUACCUGUUUGUCUCUGUUGGUUGGUUUGAAUUAUUCAUGACGGCGCUCCGUGAUUGGUGGAGUCAGCGGCGGGGGCGGAGCUAGGGACACAUUAACAGGUCUAUUCCUGUACAGUGUGUCUUCAGACGACAACAAGCGGACACAAUCACUGAUUGGCUGAGCCGCCUACAGCUGGAAGAUGAUCAAGAUGUCAUUGGACAAAGAAAGUGUUAAAGUCAGCCCCGCUUUCCCCGCCGCCCCUGUCAGCCUAUCAGAGCAGCCACAGCUCGCUAAGACCCGCCCCCUCCGUCCUAAGAAUGGCUUACAGCCGCCCAGCAACAGUCAGAACCCGCUCGCCGCUGUGCCCGCUCAGCGGAUCGCAAAGAGGCGCUACUCCAUGGGUGUCGGCUUCAAGGGACUAGCCAAGCGCCGUCGCCGUGCCAACAGCGACAGCCAAUCAGAGCCCGUGUUACCGAGUCACUUCCUGUUGGGCGGUAACAUCUUUGACCCGCUGAACCUGAACUCGCUGAUGGACGAAGACAUCAACAGGGUGACCAAUCAGGAGACACCGAAGUGUUCGCCCCUGCCGUCACGGGGCGGAGACCCCGUAGAGAUCCUGGUUCCCCGUGACAUCACCGACCCCCUGAACCUGAAGGGAGACGGGGGGGCCAAGGGGGAGGGAGCGGGAGUCCUGCUGUCCCCCCUGAAGUCCAGGAGGAGACACAGGAACAGAGGUGGUGGUGGGUUACCUGCCCGGGUGAUCCCCCCCACCGCUCGUCUGACAGUUCCCAUGGCGACCAGAGAGGGCAGUGUUCCCGUGUCUCCUCUUCCCUGUGAACUCAACACGGCCAUCACUUGUCGAGAUGAUGUAGCCCCGCCUCCCAUCCUCCCCAGAAGACACACCCACCCCCCACCAGGCCACGCCCACAAACCUGGUAGCCUGGGAGACGGUCGCCAGAGGAGACGGCGACGCACCACCUCGACCAGGUCGGCAGACGCUGCCAUGGCAAGCAUUGUUACCACGGUAACCGCAGCUCAGUCAACCAAAUUCCAGACGCCCGUGAUGGGAGGGGCUAGAGCCAACAGGUGUGGAGGACCUCAGCCUGGCUCUGCUCAGCCGCCACAGAAGAAGAAGGAUAAACACCGCUACCAGUACGGCAACCACAGCCGUUACUAUGGCUACCAUGGUUCCUACGGCGACGGGUGGGAGGGCCGCGUGGGAGCGGAGGAGGACCCCAGGCUCCGCCUGCUGGAGGCCGAUUGGUUCAGAGACAAGAAGGUGCUGGAUGUGGGCUGCGGCACUGGUCACCUGACGCUCGCUGUCGCCCGCAGGUUUAACCCCGCCCACAUCCUGGGGGUGGAGCUAGAUGAGAGAUUGGUGCAUGCUGCUAAUCAGAACGUCAGACACUUCCUGUCACAUGACCUGGUGGAGGAGGAGAGGAGGAGGAGAGGAAUGACAUUGUUCCUCUCCUCCUCCUCUCCACCAAGGACGAAGGCAGGACAGACGUUAGAGGAGGAGGAGAAGAAAGAGGAGGUGAUGAAGGAGAAGGAGGAGGAGGAGAAAAAGAAAGAGGAUGAUGAAGAUGUGAUGGAGGAGUUCCAGCGGGCGGUGUGUCUCCUCUCCUUCCCGCUGUCCUUCAGGGUGAGUCGUGGUCCUCUCGCUGCUCCUCCUCUCCUCCUCCCUGCUCCAUCUUCAUCCUCCUCCUCCUCCUCCUGCAGGUUCCCCAACAACGUCACCUUCAUACAGGGCGACUACGUGUCAGAGCGGGAGGCGUGGCCUGGCCGGGGUCAGUAUGACGUCAUCAUGUGUCUGGGUGUCACCAAGUGGGUGCAGCUGCAGUCAGGUGACGGGGGCGUGGUCCGGCUGUUCAGACGAGCCUAUCAGAGCCUGUCGCCGGGCGGAUUGUUGAUCCUGGAGCCGCAACCGUGGAGCAGAUACAGUCACAGCAAGAGAGCCUCGGAGACGACGUAUCGUAACUACAGGAGUGUGAGGCUGAGACCAGAACAGUUCACCUGUUACCUGACUGACAGCGUUGGCUUCACCUCCUACAGACUCAUCACACACACAGGUAACCAGCGGCCCGUCUACCUGUUCCACAAAGGCUCCGCCCAGAGGAAGUGAGGUCACCGGGACGGGAUGUGACACGUGCUGUCGUCCUGCCGUUUCCACGGCAACAGCACUGAACUGUAACAGGCUGACUGGAGAGGAGGAAUCUGAUUGGUGAAGUCAGGACGACCCCUGGGCGGAGCCUCUUUAUAUUUUUGACUGUACGCUGACAGCUGAUUGGCUGAACAGUUGAGCCGCUUUGACUGUUUGAUGACAUCAUGUCACAGAGAACGAACUGACUGGACGGCAGCGUUUCUGUGAACGUGAUUGGAUGACCCCGGCUCACAAGCCGAAGCGAAGGACUCUGACCGGCGGCCGCAGACAGGAAGUGACACGUUGUUUCAAAACAUUUCAGUUUGUUUUUGUUGUUUUUG